UGAGUUAGUGGAAAAACUUUAUAGUGCCGCCUAACCGCUGCCAAACAGUAUUUUAAACUGAUGUUGGCUCACAGGAAUGAACUGAGCUCAGCACUGACUACUAGUGGAGGGAUUGACCUAAUAACCAUGGGAAUGUAAAAGACGCAUAGAUGUAUGAGGACGGAGACAUAUCACAACGUUUAAAACGGACGUCGUCAGUGGGAGGUGCAUCACUGAAAAAAUUUGCCAAAGUUCUGUAGCACUUCUUCAAAGUGGACCAAACUAAACCAGUGUGAAUGCUCCCUAAGAGAAGUUAGUUCUUCCUAGGGAGAUUUAUUUAUUCAUCAGCUUUCUGGGAUCUUCAAGAACUGGUUUCAAGCAGGAAAGAUGUAAAUCCUACACAUUAUUAUUCCCACCUCGUCACAUACUGUUGGUUUGGUCAAGAGUCCCUUAAGUCAGUUUUUGCCCCUUUUGGCUAAUUUAAGGUGUACAAGGAGCUGGUCUACAGCUGCGUAUUGCCAGGUAUCCAAUGAGGAGCUAAGUCAUGCACCUGCUGCUCCAACAAUAAGCACGAACAGGAAAAGCCAUCAUAACUAACGACAUUAUCAUCCAAGGUGUGAGAUUACUUUAGAAAUACCCGUAGGUAGAUUUGUUUUGCAGAAACAAUGAUAGCAUUUGGUGUUCUAUAAAAAAAACACACAUUGAACCUGACAGGCAGGUCGAGAGAUAAAACAAAACAAAAUCCAAACCAAAACAAAAGGUGCUCAGUGUUCUGCAUUCACCAGCAUAAAGUAAUAACAAAUAAUAAAAUAACAGGAGACCCUGCACAUCCAAAAGUGAGGCUGUGGGAGUUUCCUCUGCAUUUAAAAACUGAACCAGGUGUAUCUGAUGAGUUGGGAGGAACAGGUUGGUAAAACCAGUUACUGAACCCGUUCCUGUACUUGUUCAUUUCCCCUAAUAGUUUACAAAUUUGGAGUCCUGUCAUUAGUUUUGUUUUUAAUCAGGAUUUUACAAAGAAUUUCUGAGCAUGUGUGUCACUGAUCUUCAACUUUGGUCCUCAUGAGCUUCUACGCUGCAGGUUUUAGAUGUUUCCCUGCCCAACAAGCCUGGUUACGGCUCUCAACAGGUUGUUAUGGAGUUCUGCACUAACUGGUCAAUGAGCUGGUGUGGGCCAGAUGAAUUUCAGGAGUUGGAGCGUAUAGAGGAGGGCUUGGAUCAGAUCAACUCAGAUAUGAAGGAGGCAGAAAAAAACCUGACUGAUCUGGGCAAAUGCUGUGGCCUCUGCAGCUGUGAUAAACUGAAAGCUUUCGAAGAGAGCGGGGCGUACAAGGCAGUUUGGGGCGGAGCCUCCAGUCAGGAUGGGAUUGUGUCCAAUCAGCCGCCAUCAUCUCGAUUCGUCGAUGAGCGAGAGCAAAUGAUCAUGAGUGGAGGAUACAUACGGAGGGUGACUAAGGAUGCCCGUGAGGACGAGAUGGAGGAGAACCUGGCUCAUGUCGGCAGCAUCGUCGGGAAUCUGAAAAGUAUGGCUCUGGACAUCGGAAACGAGCUGGAGUCGCAGAACAAUCAGAUCGACCGCAUACGUGACAAGGCUAAUCUCAACGUGUCUCGCAUCGAUGCUGCCAACCAGAAAGCUAACAACCUCAUGAAACGAUAGAAGUGUUCUUCAUCCCCACUCACAUUAGACUAAAUCUUGCUUUUGUAUCCUGUGCCAAUGUGUCACCGCUGUUUCUCAUUGCCUUUAGAUUCCUUUAGGGACUAUUUCUUUUAAUAGUGAGGUUACAAUGUCUUAUAAGGCUUUUUAAAUAUUUCUCUUAAUCUCUCAUUAAUUUCAUAGGGAGCCAUUUUUUGCUCCACCGCUGAGAUGACAUAAGUGUAUCUGUUGACUGUAGGGCCUUCAUCACGACACACUUAUACUGUGUGUCAGCCCCUCUCAGCUGUUCGGUCAUGGGACGCUUUAUUUAUCCCUGUGGGCACAACGGGUCAGUGCAGCAGAAGAUGGCAGAGUCUGGCUAAUUUAUUCAAAAGAUGAGCAUAUGAAGAACACAGCGAAGCACCAUGCAUCUUAACCCUUAAAAGUCGCCUUUUCCCUCAGCGGGGCAUACAUUAGAGUAUCACUACAUAUGUGAAACAAAUAUGCCCAUAUUUCUUAAAAGGAAGAGAAAAAUCCACAUCUAUCACCAGUUAGUUCAGUUUCCAAUGUAAACAUGACAACACAACCCCUCUUUUUCCUCUCUGAGACGCUCCUGUGUGGAGAAAACACGUUUAUGAUGGCGCCCUCUGGUGCUCAAACUGGGUAUUGCCCACAAGAAGGAAACACGUAUUUGUGUCAGGAGGAGGAUCUCUGGCGACACCAAGCGGACAGACGUGGAACUUGUGCUUGCUGGCUUCCCAGCUUCUCUCCUCCCCACGUAGCCGUUAAAAUGGUGGUGAAACAUCGAUGCAUUCAUGUUUUUUUCAUUUUCAUAUUCCUGUUAUGACAUUUUAAAGAAAAGGCUGUUUUAGCUGAAAAUGCCAAACAACUACAAACAUUUCUGUCAUGUUUUAGUUAUUUUGACUCCAUUUUUGUGCACAUGAACUGUCUUGGACUUUCCUGACCUACAGGCUUCCAUGUUUAUCACUUGACAAACUAUGGAUUAUGUAUAUUGGUGUUUUUCUAGUGAUUUUCUUAUAUAUUAAUGUGUUAAUAAAAGAGUGCAUAAAAA